CAUUUAUGGCAAUUUCAAUCUUGCUUUUACUAUAAACUUGGUUACAUUGAUAAAAACUCCAUUUGGCUUCUUUCAUAUUCUUCCAAGCUCUCUGGAUGCAAAAGAAAAAACGAAAAAAAAAAAAUAAAAAAAAACAUCAAAGUAAAUUUUACCUAGGAAAACCCAACAGACCUACACAGGAUGGCCAGCCACAUUGGUGGAAUAUUUCGAAAUGGAAUUUAUUGCGGGUUGGACAAACCUUGUGAAAGCCCUACUGAAAAUAUUUCGCAAAAUAUUUCAUCAUUACUCUGUCAGCGCGCAUGUCCAAACGGCGCAACUUCUGUUAUUUCAGGAGCAGCAUUUCAAAUCUCCAAACAGUGCCGGCUCCUAGUAUCGCGCCCCUAACGAUGAAGAAAGGUCAUGGCUGAAUUUCCCGUAGACCAGUCACGUGGCGAAAGAUUUCCCGAGGAUGUUGAUCGUGAAAACUUCGCUACAGGACGGCAACUCAAAAAUCUCACGGUAUGACUUGGUGAGGUGAAGUUGAGACGGAAAAAGUGCAGUUUGAGUGGUCGAAUUGUUGAGAUGUGCGCUUGUUUGAAGAUGUGGGAAGAAGUUUUAGUGGCCGAGUUUUAAAUUGGAAAUUAUUCACAAGGAUGCUAAUAAGUUGGCACCAUGCACUCAUAUGGCUGAUUUUACUUUGGAUCUGUACAACAACUAGCAUCUCGUGCCCAUCUCACUGCUCCUGCGAAAAAGAUCAGAGAGGCAAACACAAAACAUCAUGCCUUAAAGGUGGAAUGACCGACCUGCCAACAAAAGAACUGGACCUCAAUGUCGAAGUCCUCGAGAUCGACGCUCCCGAAGAUACUCCCAACACCUUAACUCUAAGCCCCGUCUUCCAACACCUCAAACACCUGGAAGAACUGACAGUGAAGAGAUCCAGAUUAAAGCAACUCGGCAUGCACUCCUUCUGGGGCGUGCCUACGAUCAGAGUUCUAGACUUUACGUUCAACAACCUAACCACGCUGCUGGACCAUAACUUUCGGGGCCUGGUGAAUCUAGUCGAGCUGAACCUGGACCACAAUCGGAUAUCGGAUCUGCAGAGUGGUGUGUUUAAGCAUUUAACGGAGUUACGGAUAUUGUCGUUAAGGUUUAAUUUAUUAGUGGAACUAGUGCCUAGGAUGUUUAUGAAACUUGGUAAACUGCACGUGUUGAGACUCAGCGGGAAUCCUUUCGAAGAGUUGGACCCGGAGGCCUUCAAGGACAUUCCCGAAGUUCGAACCCUCGAAUGCCGAAGCUGCGGACUGCGGAGGAUAAACACCCAAAUUUACCACUUGCUGCCUUAUUUGAACCAUCUAGACCUCGGCAACAACCGGAUGCAGUUCCUCGAAGCCGACGAAUUCACAGACCUACACAAACUACACAGCCUGAAGCUGGACGGGAACCAACUUCCUGUUAUCCUGGAAAACACCUUCGUCCACCAGACCCAGCUGAAAUACUUGAACAUCGCCAAGAACCGCCUGGCGAAGAUAACCAACACUUCCUUCAAGAACCUCACAUCCCUGGAAGAGUUGGACAUCAGCUACAAUAAACUGGACAAGCUGGAACCUCUGGCGAUGCAACACGUUGCUAGUACCUUGCAGAAAUUCAUUAUGAGUGGUAACAAUUUCAACCUCCUGGUGAUAAGAGACAUCCUACAAACUCUUUACAAGGUCAACGAGUUGCAAAUGGCUCAAAUGAACAUCAAAGAAAUACCUGAAAACUUCCUACCCAGCACAAUAAGAAAGUUGAACAUUUCUUGUAAUAAUCUAACGGAACUAGGCGUAGAAAUGCUUCCACAACAAAUCAAAAUAAUUGACGUCUCCCAUAACAGACUGAAAGGACUCAACGAUCGAGUCUUGGCUAAGCUAGAAACUUUAAAGAGUGUUAAUCUUUCCUCAAACCCUUGGUCAUGCGAUCUGUGCCACAUAACCUCAAUUUUAUUGCGUGUAAACCGGACAAACAUGUUUUGGAACUCCACUUGUGAUUCCCCGAAGUAUUUGAAGGGUUCUAAGCUGACGAAUUUGCGGUUGGCUGCCUUAACAAGUUGUGAAAACUUGGAAAGUGGCGGUGAAAACAAACAGAGUGUUUUGGGGACAGAUAUAUCUACGUUAUUAGUAGGUGUGUUGUGCUUUCUGGUGCUCCUUUCUUUUUCUGUGAUAUACGUCGUGUAUUCCUGUAUGAGACGAAGGACGCUCAAUCUUAGGGAGUUUGAGAAGCGUGAGAGAGAACGCGAGAUCGCCAGUUUGUCGGAUCCGGUGGCGGUCUUCUCCAAGGAGAACAUAACCUUCAAGUUUCCCCUGGACCUGACGGAGAACAAGGUCAGCGUUUGCACGAUAGACGAUAUUAAACGUCAUACGCAAACGUCAUGUGUACCGAAUGGAACUGUAAUUUGAAGUUUACUCAGAGCCCUAGUUCGGUUUAACUGAUGCGAAUCAGUAAUUGUGAUAUAUAAUUGGGUAAGUUUAUAUCAUUCUGUGAAUGGAAAUGUACAUAGGUCAUUGCAAAUUCGGUAAGGGGUUCGAAUUUCGAGGGGUGUUUUGGAGAGUCUACAAACAUUUCAUUUUUGAAGCUCCCAUAGAGUAAUAAACAUAGAUAGAGGAAGUAUACGCAAUUUUUACA